AUGUUCUUUCAGCGCCUUUUAGAGCCGCGCCUCGCUCAGACGGAAACUGACGCGAGCAAGGACAAGAAUAACAAUCAAAGCAGCAGCAGCAGCAGCAGUCAGCAGGAGUUGCAAGCGAAUAAAAUGCAACGUCGCUUGGAGCAGGGCGCUGGCGGGGCAGUGGGCAAUGUGCAGCUGACGCCAUUGUGGGAGCAUGUGCUGCGAACGCGACGCUUGCCGGAAAAUAUUUGCCCAGCCAGCAUGUUUGCUGAAUUCCAUGAGCGACUGCAGGAUGCGGAGUGGCAGGUGCGUCAGCAUGCGCUGCGCGUGCUCGUCGAUGUGCUGGUCGUAAUGCAAUCCAAGGCGGAUGGCUUUAGUGCGCAGUUUCUGAUAGAUCUCAUCAAGAAUUUGGGCCACCAAGCGCCCACAGUGCGCAAGGGCGCACUCGAUUGUCUGCGUGUCUAUUUGGCGGAAACGGAGCAGCCCGCCGAGGUGCUGCGCCAAAUACUCAACACUGGGCUGAGUCCGCAGCUGUUGCAGGAGGAGCGUCUAAGCUGCGGCGUGCUGCUGUCGCUGCCUGCUUUGCUGCAAUCGAUUUUACACACGCCACAGCGCCAGCUCAUAGCUCAGCAUAUUAUUGAGCGUCUGCUGCAGCAUCUGCAGCUGCAGCAGAACCAACAGGAGCUAACACUCAAGGUGCUGGGCAAGCUAGCCGAGCUGCUGGGCCCGCAAGUGUUUGACAGUCAGCUCAAUCAAGCGGGUGGCAAGCAGCUGUACAAGCAGCUCUGUGAGCUUUAUGGGCUGCCAAAGGCCAGAGCAACUGCAGCCAGCACUGGCGCUUGGCGUGCUUUGCCUAGAGAGCAUAGCUGGCGUGGCAGCGCUCAGCAGCUGGAGCACUGUGCCGAGAAAGGCAAAGUUAUAAUGGAAACGGAAAUAAAGAUUAAUGAUGAUACGCUGACCAUGCGCAUACUGGAAGCUGAAACGGAAACGGAGGAAGCGGAGGAAGAUGGCGCCACUAUAGAGAGCCCAGAGUAUAUGUGUCGUCAGUUGCCAGCGCAGUCUAAUGAUGAUGCAGGCAUCUUAGAGAUUAUCAGCGAUUCCGAAGCAGAGGAGCAGCUGCCAGCACAAGCUGAGCCUGCCACGCCCAGUCGUUCACUUAAGCGUGUGACCUUUGGCGGUGAGAUUGUCAAAAUGCGCACACCCGACAGCGAUGCAGCAUCCUGUACGCCCAAGAGUGAAACAGCGCCGCCAGCAACAAACAGCAAUAGUAUAAGUCUACAGUUGCUGGACUCUCCCGAGGAACAGCCGAACAGCCGCUCAGUGCUGACUCUAGACAUACCCAAUGACAACACCAAGCCGCUGGAAACUGCAGCAGCAGCGCAUGUGAGCAGCAACUACUUUAGUUCACCCAAGCGUGAAUCGCAAGCUCAGUCUCCCAGCUAUCGCUGUCGCAGCAUUAGUCCAGCCAGCAUUAGUCCCAAGAUUCCACACAAGCAAAUUGAAGUGCUACACAAUCUGCAACGCGAUGUGGAGCACUCGCCACAUACAACGAGACGCACUGAGGUUGCAACUCCUUCACCACAAGCUGCUUCAAUUGCUUCGCCGGCCACGCCCAAGAGCUGGGAAGAGCUGGACAUUGUGGACUAUCAAACAAUAAAGCAGCUACGCUCGGGGGACUGGCGACAGCGCUUGCAAGGCAUCACGCAACUGGAGCUGGCGCUCAGCUCUUCCGCCAAUCUGCUGCUGGUCCAGCCCUAUCUGGACAGUCUACUGCGCACGCUGCUCUGCUCAGAGCGCAACUUUGAGGUGGCCGAACUGAAGCGCGAGCUUUUGGUUAAUCUUAUUACACGUCUGCCGCUGGACAACCUAGAGGAGCGUGCUCAACAGAUCCUAACGGGAUUGUGCAGACAAGGCAAUGCGGGCGCGAAUCGUGUGUGCCAGGCGCUCAUGCAGCGUCUGCCAGCGGGCACCAUUGUGGCCAAGCUAACAGCUCCAGAGUAUCUGCAUGCCAAGAGCUCCAAGUUUCGCGAUCACGCGCUCCAAAUGUCCAUCUAUGCGCUAAUGACCUUUCCUGGCACCUGCUUCGAUCUCAACAUACUCACCGAGCAAGUCACCUAUGCUGCACUCAAUCGCAAACGCCGUGUGCGUCAGACAGCCUUGGAAGUGCUCGCCGUGCUGGCGAACAUUUCAUCCAAGGAACAGAUACAACAGUUAGUUGCUCAAAUCACAAGCGGCGGCUUAGAGAAUGGCGCUGCUCUGUUGGACGCAGUUAAGAUGCGCCUAUCACGUCAGCAGCUGCCCAUUAUCACAGCCGAUGCGGCGGUUCUUUAUAGCUUCAAUCGCCUGGCUCAAGGCGAGCUGGAGCCCUUUGGCGCCGAUGUGGACUGGAUUAAACAGGGCGAAGGCUCAGCCUCACCCAAUGCCAUUAAGCGACGCCGCAUGCAGAUGAAGAAUAAAAAUUGUUCACGCAAUAACAGCAUAGAGGGGGAGAGCUAUGGCUGUCCCGCCGAUGAAAAUCUACAUCGUCACUCUUAUCAUUCGCCACCUGAAGCUUUGGACCUACCUAGCAGAUCAACAAAUAAAAUGAAUUAUGCUAGUAGAAUAACAGGCGUGAAUCUAAUGGAGCGUCGUUUGGAAGCCAAGACCUUCUCAGAGUCUUCCAUGGAUGGCCGCAGCACCGAUAGCAAUGCCACCACAUGCAGCAGCAGCGGCAGUGGCAGCUUCAUACAGUUAACACCCUGCAAUGCAACACUAAACAAACGUCUAGUGGGGCAAAACUCCAGAUUUCCGGUGAUGCGACAACAUUCAUAUGGCGCUAAUAACUUUAUGCGCAAUGUGCAGCACACACAUUAUCCUUACAGCUUUGAGGAAGUCCACUAUAGCAAGUCCAACUUUGCUUUGAACAAAGCUCAACAGCAGCAGCAGCAGCAGCAGCGCAGGAAGCCCACAAAAGCGCAGACUGGCUGGACGGCCAACAGUCAAGGCCAGCAGCAGCUGCCUGCGGAAAAGCAAUGCUGCAAUAAGGCGCAAACGGACGUGGCUAAGAGCAGCGUGGAGGUGCAGGCAAACGCACAGCAGGCGGCGGAGUUGCCGGCGAGAGUCCAAGAGCUGGAGCACGCAGUGGAUAGUGUGUCUUUGAGUGCCUCAGUCAAGUCUGUUAACUACUCGCAAAAGUCCACUGCCUCGGCCAAGUCGUUUAGCAGUCAAAGCGCUGGAGCUGGCGCUGUUGCUCUAGAACAGCUGGAGCAGCAAUUCGAGGAGCUGGUCGUAGAUGACAUUGAAGAGGAACCGCUGGAGCCAGCAGCUAAGCUGGAGCCACAGCUCAAGCGCAAUGAGAGCAACAAUAGUCUGCACAGCAAAACCGAAAGCAUUCGAACGCAGCUGGAGGACACUACACCACAAUUGUCACGUGCACAGUCCGUCAAGUCCAUAGAGGAGCAAAUCGAAGGCAGCAAUAGCUUUGUGCUGGUGGAGCAGCUGCAGCAAGAGCUGACUGCGCCGCCUGUUGCGCAGCCAUCGCCUGCUUGCUCCAGUCGCAAGUCAAGCGCACUGCCAUCGAAGCGAAUCUCACUCUCGUUGGACUCGCUGUAUGGUGAGCGUCCCUACUCCAAGCAGGGCUCGCUGGACAACAGUAGCACUACCACAACGGAUAAUAGCUCACAGCUGGGCUGUCAGCUGCUUGAAAACUGCAGUCUGCCCGCCAAGCCGCUGAAUACGCCGCUCAAGCAAAAGUCCAAAACUUCUUACUUGCUGCGUGGCCAGCGUCGCGUGUCGCCCGUCAAGCAGGCCAUUAAGAUGUCCCAAACGGAGCUGUUUCCCAGCAACAUGUCGCGCUUCGAGAAGCCACGUGAAGCGCUUAUGAAAACCUUUGACCAACUGGACUCGCCCACUUGGGAGCACAACAUGACGGGCUUGAAGUGCAUGGUGCGACUCAUACGCUAUCAUCAGGACAUGCUGGACAACCAUAUGCACAUGAGCUGCAUACAGCUAACGCGCUCGGUGCGUAAUCUGCGCUCCCAAGUGGCGCGUGCCGCUUGCCAAGCUGCCACGGAGCUGUUCACGCUCAAGUACAAGUCGCUGGAGCAGGAGUGUGAUGAUUUGGUUUGCGCCUUGCUGCAUCGUACAGCGGAUACGAAUCGCUUUCUGCGCGCAGAUGCCACACGUGCGCUGGAGUCCAUGGCGGACAAUCUGCAGCCGGCUAAAGUACUCAACAUUUUAACGUCCAAGGGUGCACAGCAUCAGAAUGCGCUGGUGCGCACCACCACGGCCAAGUUGCUUUAUAGACUGGUGGAGCGCUUGGGCAGCGAUCGCAUCUAUGCCAUGAGCCGCGAGCAGCGAGACAAGUUUUUCCAGGUGGGCGCCAAUCUACUGCUGGAGGGCAGCCUGGAGACGCGCAGCUAUGCCAAGUCCUUGUUUCGCGCCCUGUCCGAUCACAGCAGCUAUCAGCGUCUGCUGCUGGAGGUCAUACCGCCACGCACAUAUCGCAAUGUAGAGAAGACACUGCGCAGCAUAACGCAUUAGGCUUAAUUCAUUACAAUUAUUU